AUGGGUGACAAGGCAGAUUGGAGUGAUUUCUUUUUGAAGCAUUUGAUUGAUGUAUGCAAAGGGGAGAUAGAAGCUGGGAAUAGGCCCCAGGGGCUUUGGACUAGCACUGGUUGGAAAAAUAUUGUAGCCAAGUUUGAAGCCAAAACUGGUGACAAGCGAACAAAGAUACAAUUGAAGAACAAAUUAGAUAACUUAAAAAAAGAAUAUGUUUGGUUCAUGGAGUUAAAAAAUUAUGCCACUGGACUUGGAUGGGAUGCGGCUAAGGGAACUGUUGAUUGCCCCCAGGAUUGGUGGGAUGAACACCUUGCUAGGUGCAAUAAUCGUGAAAAAGGGCUUAAAUGCAAUCAUGUGAGGUUCAGAAAACAAGGACCGAAGUACCUUGAUGAUCUUGAUCUGAUUUUCGGCAAGGUACAUGUGACUGGGGCCACUGCAGCUUGUCCUGGUGAUAUAUCUUCGGAUGAGAGUGAUGAUUGCGUGGCCGAGGUGCCAAAACCUCCACCUAAAGAUGAUGUCAAGCUGGCUGAUUUGAAGCAAAAAGGGAAAAGGAAACGCAAGAGCUCCUGUACUAUUGCUGAAAGCAAAGAAGAAAAGAGUCCAUUUUAUCGAAUGUACAAAAACACAUGUUUGAAGAUAGAAAGUGCAGCAGAUAGGAUCUCUAGUGCAUCUGCCACCUCAGCUUCUCCCACUAAUGUUGUCCCCACUAUUGGAGAGGCUAUGAAGAUGGUCGAAGAGUGUGGGGUGGAAGAAGGAACUCCUCUAAUGCACACUGCCACCAUGCUUUGA